CAAUCGCAGUGGGCCGCGGAGUCCUGAUUUUUCGGCGCGGCCACGGUCUGGAAGCAGUGGGGGCGCCUCUGCUACAGGACUCGCUCGUGCCUGCUCUGUUGGGCCGGGCGUCUCGUGCUCGUUUGGGUGUGGUUGGCGUCCGUCCAGCCGGCCAUCUGAUCCGAUCAAAGGACGACCGUGUACGGACUUUUUGUUUUCGCAUCCAAAAGUACCUACUCAACUUACACCAUUUCCAAGAAUUGACUGCGCAUUGAGCUAUUUGUCCGAUGGGAAAAAACUAUUCUUCGGACCGAACCGGAAAGAAUUUCUUUGCGAAUCGAAGCCCAUACUCUUGGAAACUACAUCCUUUUUUAUGUUGGAAGGUCGUCAU